CACAUUGGCUUUUGACUGUUAUUACAAUUUAACAGCAAUCAAGUAAACUUAUUAAAAUCUAUCAUGAUUUAAUUGUGUUUGCUGAACAAUCAACUUUGAUUCUGUAACAAAUUUAUCUUUUUUUUGUGAGCAUGAAAUUAAAGUUAAUCUUAAUCAUUUGGUUCGAUUGUUAUGUUGUUUGUUAAUUGUUGUGUCAAAUUGAUAAAGUGAAAUGGAAAUAUCAACAAUUGUCAAUCAUAAUAUUUAUCAAUUACUUUGAUGGAUUAAUUUUCACUGAAAUCAAAAGUUAUAAAGUUUUUAAUUUGUGUUCAUUGGAUUAAAUUGUUUAUAAAUAUUAAAGAUAAGUUAAUUUAUUCAAUUCGUAUGAAAGAAAUUCAUAAUGUCAUCAUCAGGACGAGUUUAUCAUGUUGGUGACUCGAUAGAAACUAAUUUCGAAUCAUUUUGUAUUCCACCACCGAUUCCUCCCUCCCUUCAGCCAACACUUCCUUUACCUCCUCCACCACCGGUCUCACCCGCUGCAACCAAUACAACAACAGCUACUGAGAUGGGAUCAGUGAGUAUUGACCGUUUUGACAUUAUUGCCCCGAGGCGACCAUCAAGUCUCAAUGGGAUCCAAUUAAAUUCAAAAGCUUCAGAACUAAACCAUCAGUCAAUUCCAAAUCAGCACUUUUUCAAUCGAGAAUCAAUCACUAACCAUCACAAUCAAUCAAUUAAUCACCAAAAUCACCAGGAACACCAUCGUAAUCAUCACCCUAAUCAUAAAUCUCAUCGUAAAUCAAGUAUAAUAGUUAAUGUCACCGAAGAUCCAGCUUUCUGUACACAAUUUCUUACGCUGUUUUCGGUUGUCCUAGUUAUCACCUCGUUACCUUUUUCUUUGUUCUUCUGUAUAAAGGUUGUUCAAGAAUAUGAAAGAGCCGUCAUAUUUAGAUUAGGUCGUUUGGUUUCUGGUGGUGCUCGAGGUCCAGGAAUUUUCUUCAUAAUCCCUUGUAUUGAUACUUAUUCAAAGGUUGACCUGAGGACAGUUUCAUUUGAUGUUCCACCUCAAGAAAUAUUAUCCAAAGAUUCAGUAACCGUUGCUGUUGAUGCUGUUGUUUACUUCCGUAUUAGUAAUGCCAUUGCCUCGGUGUCUAAUGUUGAAGAUUAUGCUCGAUCAACUCGAUUAUUGGCAGCGACAACUCUUCGAAAUGUUCUUGGGACCAAGAAUUUAUCGGAAAUCCUUUCAGAACGAGAAUCGAUCAGCCACAUGAUCCAAUCGAGUUUAGAUGAAGCCACAGACUCUUGGGGUGUUAAAGUGGAAAGAGUUGAAGUUAAAGAUGCUCGUCUACCAUUCCAGCUACAACGAGCUAUGGCUGCGGAAGCUGAAGCUACAAGAGAGGCAAGAGCAAAGGUAAUUGCUGCUGAAGGUGAACAAAGAGCUUCCAAAGCACUGAAAGAAGCGGCUGAGGUCAUAAUGGCUUCUCCAGCAGCUCUACAAUUACGUUACCUUCAAACUUUAAGUUCAAUUGCUGGAGAGAAAAAUUCAACAAUUGUUUUUCCUGUUCCAAUGGAAUUGUUCAGAGGUUUCACCGUUGGAACGAUUUCCAAUGAAAUUUAAUUACUUACCAAACACAAACACUGUAACUCUUAUCAUGAUUAUCAUAGAACCAUUGGAAACUGGACACUAAUUAGCUAUGUAUAGAACUUUCAAUAAAAGACUUUUUUUAUUAACCAGUCGAAUACUCAAAUUAUAA